AUGGGCUUGCUCUGGGGUAAAAGAUGCAGCAAGUGGUCUGCCAGCUGUCCACCCACUUAUGCAGGCGUCAAGUGGAACAAGGAGGACACGAUGUCCGACAGCAAGGAGUGGGCCACGCUCAGCCCGGAGGAGUUCACCCAGCUGCAGAAGUACAUUGAUUAUACCAACAAGAAAGUGCAGGAUGUCCUUCAGGAAUUCUAUGGAGAGGGUACAUUGUCCAGGCACUUGCAGGGAGAUUCAAUAGACUUUGAGGGUUUCAAGCUCUUCCUAAAAACCUACUUGGAGGCAGACGAGAUCUCCGAUGAACUUUGCCGCCACCUCUUCAUGUCCUUCCAGACAACGGCAGGGCAGGACACAACAGAGGCGACAGAGCUGUCUGCCUGUGGCUUUGUUUGCGUCAAUGAUGUCUCCUGUUACUUCUCGCUGCUGGAAGGUGGGAGGCCAGAGGACAAGCUUGAAUUCACCUUCAAGCUGUAUGACAAAGAUGGCAACGGCCUGCUCGACAGUUCAGAGGUGGAUCGCAUUAUCACGCAGAUGAUGCGGGUGGCUGAAUAUCUGGAAUGGGAUGUCACUGAACUUAAACCGAUUCUCCAGGAGAUGAUGCGAGAGAUUGACUAUGACGGCAGCGGCACAGUGUCUCUGUCCGAGUGGCUCCGUGGGGGUGCCACAACUGUCCCCCUUCUGGUGCUGCUGGGGUUGGAAGCUACCAUGAAAGACGAUGGACAACACUUAUGGCGCCUGAAGCACUUUAACCGCCCGGUUUACUGCAACGUGUGUGAGACGCUUCUUUUGGGGUUGCGCAAGCAGGGUCUGCGCUGCAACUUCUGCAAGUUCACCGUUCAUGAGCGCUGUGCCCGCAAGGCCCCGCCAAGCUGUAUCAGCACUUAUGCCAAGAGCCGCCGCGACACUAGUGCCCAAGCCCAUGUCUGGGUCAGAGGUGGUUGUGAUGGCAAUAAAUGUGACCGGUGCCAAAAGAAGAUCAAGAGUUUUCAAAGCCUGACAGGCAUGACCUGUGCCUGGUGCCAUCAGAAGAUCCAUGAUGAGUGCAUGAACCUCAUGUCUUCAACGUGUGACUGCGGGAUCCUCAGGGACCAUAUUCUGCCACCUUCAGCAAUCUACCCUGUUGUGCUGGAGAGGCAGAACAGUCAGAAGAAUGGCAUCUGCGGCACCCCUUCGGAAGAGCCAGCUCAACCCUUCACCACCCCUGAGGGACAGGCAUUACGAAUCAUCCCAGUGCCUGACACUCACCCCUUGCUUGUCUUUGUCAACCCCAAGAGUGGUGGGAAACAGGGAGAGAGGGUGCUGCGGAAAUUCCAGUAUCUCCUUAACCCACGGCAGGUCUACAACUUAUUGAAGGGGGGGCCUGGACAAGGGCUGACUUUUUUCCGAGAUGUGCCAGAUUUCCGUAUCCUGGUUUGUGGUGGUGAUGGCACGGUGGGAUGGAUCUUGGAUGCCAUCGAUAAAGCAAAUCUACCCAGUCGGCCGCCGGUGGCUGUGCUGCCUCUGGGAACUGGCAAUGAUCUGGCCCGCUGCCUUCGCUGGGGAGGAGGUUAUGAUGGUGAAAAUCUGGUGAAGAUACUGAAAGAUAUUGAGGCCAGCAGCAUCCUGCAGAUGGAUCGCUGGUCAGUGCAGGUGAUGCCUGAUAACCCCGAGGAGAAGGGUGAUCCUGUCCCCUAUGAGAUCAUCAACAACUAUUUCUCUAUUGGUGUUGAUGCCUCCAUUGCCCAUCGGUUCCACGUCAUGAGGGAGAAAUAUCCGGAGAAAUUUAACAGCAGGAUGAAGAACAAACUCUGGUAUUUUGAGUUUGCCACCUCUGAGACCAUCUUUGCCACGUGCAAAAAGCUCAAGGAGUGUCUGUCUGUCGAGUGCUGCGGACAGCCCCUUGACCUCAGCGGAGCACUUUCUGGAGUGGCUAUUCUCAACAUUCCCAGCAUGCACGGCGGCUCCAAUCUCUGGGGCGAGACCAAAAGACCGUUGGGGGAGGCAGCGGCCCGAAGCAUAGCAGGGGGGGCAGCACAGCCCCAGGUUAUCACUGAUGCGGAAACCCUGAAGAACUGCGUGCAAGAUCUGAGUGACCGGCGCAUGGAGGUGGUCGGCUUGGAAGGCGUGAUCGAGAUGGGACAGAUCUACACAGGGCUGAAGAGCGCAGGCAAGCGUCUGGCAAAGUGCUCUGAAAUCAUGCUGCGGACCUUGAAGCACCUCCCCAUGCAGAUUGAUGGAGAACCUUGGAUGCAAGCACCGUGCACAAUCAAGAUAACCCACAAGAACCAAGCCCCGAUGCUCAUUGCACCGCCUCCACGAUCCUCCAGCUUCUUUGGCCUGAAGAAGGGACCGCAGGAGCCCUGAAGGAGUGCCGGCGCCUGUCGGGGAACAGCA